UUGGUUGGCUGUAUCGCAGAAGGGGCGGGUUGUCAGGUUUGGUUGCGGAGCUGAUACCGGUAACCGAGCACUCCACAGCACGUUGUGAAGCCGCUACUGGUGAUUCAAAGAAAUCACUUGUUUCUAAAUCCUCCACGUUUUUGAAAAUUAACCCACUGAGAUUUCCAGUUGACCAAAGAAAUGGUGAUGGAGAAGCCAAGUGCCCAGCUGGUCGGGCGAGAGUUUGUCCGACAGUAUUACACACUCCUGAACCAGGCGCCCGACUACCUGCACAGGUUUUAUGGAAAGAAUUCGUCCUACGUUCACGGCGGUUUGGACAACAACGGCAAACCAGCUGAGGCUGUUUAUGGACAAUCUGAGAUCCAUAAGAGGGUAAUGGCUCUGAGUUUCCGCGACUGUCACACUAAGAUCCGACACGUUGAUGCUCACGCAACGCUGAACGAGGGCGUGGUGGUGCAGGUGAUGGGAGAGCUGUCCAACAACAUGCAGCCCAUGAGGAAGUUCAUGCAGACCUUCGUUCUGGCACCAGAGGGAACUGUUGCGAACAAAUUCUACGUUCACAACGACGUGUUUCGUUACCAAGACGAGGUGUUCGGAGACUCCGAUUCAGAGCCUCCAGAAGAGUCUGAGGAUGAGGUGGAGGAGAUCGAGGAGAGGAUCCCCUCCCCUGACAUCGCUCAGGAGGACUCGGCUCCUUUCUACGACCCCACACCCUGUUCAGAACCGAUGGCCCCCGGAGACGAUGAGGAAGUUGCAGCGAGUCCAGAACCAGAACCUGAGGAGGAGAAGGAGGUCGAGGUCGUGGAGCUGAAGCCUGAAACGCCGCUGGAGACGCAAACGGAAACAAACACAUCGGACGAGCAGACAGAGAAAAGCCCGGCCACCGCCCCCCCCACAGCUGAACCCAUCGUCGCCGAACCAACACCUGCCGCUCCAGAAGAAAACAGGCAGUUCUCCUGGGCGUCCGUCACCAGUAAGAAUCUUCCUCCCAGUGGAGCCGUUCCAGUUUCAGGGGUCCCUCACGUCGUCAAAGCCCCCACAGCACCGCCGAGAGCCGAGGUGAAGUCAGAGACUCAAACAGCAGCAACGAGACCACAGAGAGACCAGAGACCGAACAGAGAACAGAGACCAGGAGGACCUCCACCAGUACACAGAGGACCCAGACCAGUGCGGGAAGGAGAGCAAGGAGAGACGGAGAGUCGCCGCGUGGUUCGAUACCCCGACGCCCAGCAGCUGUUUGUGGGGAACGUUCCUCACGAUGUGGACAAGACGGAGCUCAAGGAGUUCUUUGAGCAAUAUGGUACAGUCCUGGAGCUGAGGAUCAACAGCGGAGGGAAACUUCCAAACUUUGGUUUCGUGGUGUUCGACGACUCUGAACCCGUUCAGAAGAUCCUGAGCAACCGGCCCAUAAUGUUCCGAGGCAGCGUGCGUCUGAACGUUGAGGAGAAAAAGACCCGUUCGGCUCGGGAAGGCGACCGACGGGACGUCAGGCCUCGAGGUCCUGGGGGUCCUGGAGGUCCUAGAGAAAGGAUCGGAGGUGGAGGAGGAGGAGGAAGAGGAGGAGGAGGAGGCCCCCCCACCCGAGGAGGCAUGGCACAGAAACCCAGCUUCGGCUCUGGACGAGGAGCGGGGCCCAGCGAGAGUCGCUACCCUAACCCGCGCCAAUAAAAGGCUCGUUCAGCGGCCCCCCCAAAACACCCAAAACCCCUCCAACCUGAGUUAGAUUUACUCUCUGGAUUCAACUGCAGCAGGAAGCAAUCGGACAACAAGCUAAAAUAUUACUUUACAUCGUAGUGGUAUAAAAACAUGAGUCCAGUCAUUUUAGGGUACACACACACACACCAUCACACACACCAACACGCACACACAGGCAUACACGCAGGUUCCACCUGAGUAACUUAUCAGUUUUGGUUGAGAGCUCUCCACAUCCCCCCUGAAGAUGGCUUCUUCCUCUUCCUCACCCUCCUCUUCCUCCCCUGCUGCUCUGUUUCCCGCUGAGGAAUCCAGAAUGUCCUUCCUCCUCCUCCUCAUCUCUUUUUGUUUACCCCUCUCUCCUCCACCAACACAUGAAUUAUCUGGACUUUUUUUUUGUCUUUAUUCUUUUAGUUUUUUCCAUUGCUGAACUUGAAUUCAUUAAGAAACAAACACGCUAACACACGAGAAAAAGGGUAAAUACUACUUGAAUUGGGGAUUAAAAAACCCAGAGGUUAGGUUUUUUCGCGUUCUCUCUCCCUGUUUCUUAAAGGAACGUGUACUUUACUGCUUGGGCAAUCCUGUGUAUUGCUGCCACCGUUGUACCUGGCGAUGGAUCUGUCUUAUCUUUUUAUUCUAUCAGGUCAAGAGCUGAACUGUCGUGGUUUUUAUUUGAGUAAUGUUGGCUUGUUAAACAUGUGACAGACGGACAUCCGAGCGGAGCGUGUUUCAGAUCAUGUAUCAACAAUCCUGUCAGGCUUCUUUACCGAUGCACUUCAUUUGUCAUCACGUUUAAAACGAGCUCACCUGCCGAUGAGAGAACUAAAUUAAAAGUGAUUUACUGUUUUAAAA